AUGCAUCAAAAAGAGCCCAAAGUUGUGGUUACAGAUGGAGACGAGUCAAUGAAGGAGGCUAUUAAGACAGAAUUUUCUAAUGCCACGCAUCGACUUUGCACCUGGCACUUAGCGCGGAAUGCUGUUUCAAACAUCAAGGAUAAUGAUUUUUGUGCGGCUUUUAAGACUGCUGUGUAUGGUCAUUUUGAGGUAGAGGAGUUUGAUCAGUAUUGGGCAGACAUGGUUGCUGCAUUCGGGUUAGAGGAGAAUGAAUGGAUUUGGGCAACGUAUGAGAAGAGGGUACAUUGGGCAAAUGCGUAUUUGUGUGAUAAGUUUUGUGCUGGGUUGAGAACGACAUCAAGAUGCGAGGGCAUUAAUGCAUCGCUUAAAAGGUUUAUCAAGUCCUCAAAUUUCUUGUUGGAGUUGGUCGAGAAUCUUGAACAACCGGUCAUAACUACUGCACUAGAAUCAAUUGAGAGGGCCAUGUCACAAAUCUACACCAGAGAGAUAUUCUUCGAGGUCAAGAAACAGAUCGAAGGGGUGGCUGCAUUGAUAGUUCUUCAUAGGGAGAGUUCUGGUAGUACGGAGAAGUUCAUGUUUAGAAAGUUUCAGUUGGAGAAGGAUGCCUUGCUGAUGCGGUUGGUGCUGAAAAGAUGGUGCAAAGAUGCUAAGUCUGGAUCAUUCGACGACUCAGACGGAGGUUUGGAUAGUAAUAGAGCAUUUCGGGGACGGUAUGGUUCGUUGUGGACUUCUUGCCUCCCUAUGUGUUUGUUAGCGGCUCAACGGCCUGCCACGUACGAACACGCUGCUGCCAAGAUAGCGCAGCUAUUAAAAGAGAUUGAAGCAGAAGUUUCGAAGGGCAACAGUUCAACUUCCGUGCAUGAUACUGUAGAUGGUGAAGAUAUUUUGGAUCCAAAGAUUAUCAAGUCAAAAGGUGCACCGCGGUCAACCGGCAACGGCAAAACAGCUAGGCGGUGCAGGCGCUGCCACGGUUUUGGACAUGAUCGACGAAAUUGCACAGCAAACAAGGAGGACAUGUUAGAUGAGGUUAGUGCUAAAUUUGAAGUUGUUAAUGGUAGUGUUACCAUAUGA